CUCUCUCGCGAGCAGCAGCAGCAACUCCAACUUCACUAGCAGCGUGUGGCGCAUAGCCGAGUCCGCAGCGCUGCAGAGCGACGAGACAGAGGUGGUGUACCAAGAGACACGCGCUCGAGAGCUGAGAGCUUGUGUCGCGGAAACUCGUGGUGCCCCGACGAUAGACUGGCACUCGUUUGCACGCGGAGCAACCCUCUCUGAUCGCGAGGCAUCGCGGAGCAGCGAUUGCUGGGUGGCGAGACUAGCGGGGUUUAGCCUCGUGCGUGCGCAGCUCGGUGUGUCGUGCCCCAGCGCCGGCUUGCCUGCAGCAGCGGAGCAGAGCGCUGGGCCAGUCAUCCAGUUCCGUAACGGUACAGCGCUCGAGCGAAUAUCUCUCCCACUCUCCGCCGGCUCUUCUGUCCGCGCUGCGUGUGUGCCGUGUAUCCGGAGCGUGCGUGUGCAGGCGCGCCGCAGUGCCGUAGUACAGCAGCACCGUCAGUCGAGGAGCAGCUCGUGCUCGUGUCCAGAGAGCGCGCGACAGGCCUGCCGAGAUACCCCCCGUGCACCGAGGAGAAAGCACGGACGACUCCGAGUGCCAUCGACGACCUGCUGCCGCGGGCCUAGAGCAGCCUAGCGCACAGUAGUCGGAGUAGUCCCGAGAGAGCAGGAGACGGAGACGGAGACGGAGAGAGCGAGAGAGAGAGAGCGAGAGAGAGCGAGAGCGAGAGAGAGAGACAGAGAGAAAGAGCGCACACGCAAGAAGUCAUGGCGAACAGCGUAGCGCCGGACUCGUGGGAGCAGCAGGCGGACAACAACGGCGUCGCCGAUGGCCCGGACAAGUCCGUCGAGAGUAAGUUCUCCACGCUGAACGUCAACGCGGCGGAAUUCGUGCCUUCGUUCUGCAUCAGUUCGACGCCGGCUCAGGCGCCCGCGCCGCCGCCGCCGCAGCCGCAGCCGCAAGUCCUAGACGAGCAGCCGCAGCAGCAGGCGGCGACGGCGAGCCCGAUCACCGAGACGGCUCCGGCUGCGACGACGACGACGGCAGGCAACGACAGCUCGCAGCCGGAGUCGCCCUCGCAGCCGUCCUCGCCCCUUCUCGAUGAAGCCGCCGCCGCCGCUGUGACGGCUAACACCUCCAUGCCACCUGAGACUCAUCACGACACAGACACACCUACGGUACCACCGGAUCCGGUUGUAUCAAGAGAUGAAGACCCUCCUGCUGGUGGUGGAGCUCCACCGCCUACUUCAAAUGCUGGAUCUUUAAAUGCUAGUCCUGAACAUCAACCAGCAGAUUCAUGGGAAGAAGCAGCAGUAGAUGGAGAUCCUCUUUUAACACCUGAAAAUGAAGAGGCUGAAGGAGAAAUUGAAGAAGAUGAAGAAAUGGUUGUUAAGGUGCCAAAGAAGAAGGUCAUUAAAGUUGCUGAAGACACAAAAAGUAAAAAAGAGCAUGUAAAUGUCGUUUUCAUCGGUCACGUAGAUGCUGGCAAGUCUACCAUCGGUGGUCAAAUCAUGGCCCUCACAGGAAUGGUCGACAAAAGAACACUCGAGAAGUAUGAACGUGAGGCCAAGGAGCGAAGUAGAGAGACAUGGUACUUAAGUUGGGCUUUAGAUACCAAUCAAGAAGAGCGCGAAAAAGGAAAGACCGUGGAAGUUGGACGAGCAUAUUUCGAGACCGAGAGAAAGCAUUUCACGAUACUAGAUGCACCUGGCCAUAAGAGUUUUGUGCCGAAUAUGAUUGGUGGCGCAGCCCAAGCUGAUCUCGCUGUACUUGUCAUUUCUGCGAGAAAGGGAGAAUUUGAGACUGGCUUCGAUAGGGGCGGCCAGACGAGGGAGCACGCUAUGCUCGCCAAAACCGCUGGUGUCAAGCACCUAGUCGUGCUAGUAAAUAAAAUGGAUGAUCCUACUGUAGAGUGGGAUGAGGCGAGAUACAACGAAUGCAGAGACAAAAUUUUGCCAUACCUGCGUAAACUAGGAUUCAACCCAGCAAAAGAUCUCACGUUUAUGCCUGUCUCGGGACAACUUGGAAUAGGUUUAAAAGAUUCUAUUCCUGAAGAAUUGUGCUCCUGGUACAAGGGUCCACCUUUCAUACCUUUCAUAGAUUCCUUACCUUCCCUCAAUCGUAAGAGUAAUGGUCCAUUCAUAAUGCCUAUAGUUGACAAAUACAAAGAUAUGGGAACUGUUGUCAUGGGCAAAGUAGAAGCUGGUGAAGCUAAAAAAGGACAUUCACUUCUUGUGAUGCCAAAUAGGACUGCAGUAGUAGUGGACCAACUGUGGUCUGACGACGAAGAAGUCACAUCCGUAGGCCCUGGUGAAAAUGUCAAAAUCAAGCUUAAAGGUAUUGAGGAAGAAGAUGUGAGCCCUGGAUUUGUGCUUUGUGAUAGUAAUAUCCCCAUCAAGACCGGGAAAGUUUUCGAUGCACAAGUCGUUAUAUUAGAACACAAGAGUAUCAUCUGUGCUGGUUACAGUGCUGUUAUGCACAUACAUUGUGCUGCAGAAGAAGUCACAGUAAAGACGCUGAUCUGUUUAGUGGAUAAGAAGACAGGCGAGAAGAGCAAAACGCGGCCGAGGUUCGUCAAGCAAGAUCAAGUUGCGAUUAUGAGAAUCGAGUGCGCUGGAGUCAUAUGCCUUGAAAGAUUCAAACUGUUUCCUCAGAUGGGAAGAUUUACCCUUAGGGACGAAAAUAAAACAAUUGCCAUUGGCAAGGUGCUGAAGGUGGUUGAGUAAAAUCACUCAUUGUUCAAUGCCGCAAAGAAGGAGAACACUCACAGUGUGACGAAAAUGUGAAAGCAACGAUAGGAAGCCGAACACUUGGUAUAUUAUAAAAAGAAAAAAGGAUACAUCAAUCACGUCGAUUAAACGUGAAACACUGACAAAUGUACACAUACACUGUCGCGUACGCACUUACACUCGACACCAAUUUAUACCUUACUGAUGAGAUUUUUGGAUCAGAGUAAGAAAAGAGGUAUAUGCGAAUUAUAUAUAUAUUAUAUAUACGAAGAAAAUAUAUAAAAAGCCGAAAUCCAAGCCACUUUUAAUCGCAUAAAAUGAAAAAAAAUGACGAUUGAAGGCUGCAUGGUUUUCCCGAAAAACAAGAACAUUUUGAGCGUUGAGUGAUAUUUCUUGUAAAGGGAUAUUAAUACCUAAUGAUAAAUUAGUAACAAAGUUUUUUCAAUAACGUGAAGACGAUAUUUUUGUUUUUCAGAGUUUUGCAAACUAAACGAGAAAAGAUAAUAUCGAAAAGCAUAUAACUCUAAGGGAUUAUUAUUAAUAUUAACAUUAUUAUAUUGAUUAUAAUUAUCUUGAAUUUGGUGGGUAAGAAAACGAGGUAACUCGGAUAAACUAGCUAAUAUUACACGCAAUUUAUAAUUACUGAAUGAUUUUUAUUAUAUUAUUAUCAUUAUUAUUAUGAAUUAUUAUUGUACUGUUUCUUAUUUUAUUAUCAUUAAAAACAAAUACGAGAAAAAGUCUAUGUUUAUUUUGUUUUCAAUUUGUAUUAUAAACAGUUUUUGGCCUUUUUAUUCACGUUAACAAAAAUCGUAUUUACAAUCAUUGUAAAAAGACUUAAAUGCUCAUUUAUAUUGAAAAGCGCAUGUAAAGCAGUGAAAAGAAAACGGUACUAAGUUUCCAUUCAGAUUGCAAAAGAAUAGUCUUUAAGUCUCAGCGAGAGUUUUUGUUUUAGUGGAAGUUCGAACAGGCUUGUUAUAUAUAUAUCAUGCGUAUGUUGCCAGUGUAAAACGUUUUAAUAUUGCUAUUUGUUAUUACGCGUGCGGCUGGGAGUUUUGUUUGUCUAAGAAAAGUGCAUUUCCAAUAACAUAUUGAUCAAACGUUUAUGCAAGGGUUUUUGUCCAAACGUUCACUUACAAAUAAUUUUCUUCUUAUUUUGACAUCGUUGAAUAACAUUACGACUUUUUCUAAGACAAAUUUUUAUAUAACAUUUAUCUAGAUGAACCUGUCUUUAAUCUGUUACAGCUGCUUCAAUUCAACAUUGGUAUUAUAAAAAUGUAUAAUUGUUGUAAAUUAGUAUGGAUUCAAAUAAAAAGAAAAUAUUUUUGCAUAUUCAUUCGGAUUAAAACCUUUGCGUUUAUCAUCGUCAUAACAAUGCUAAUUACAAAGCUGAAAUUCUCUGCUCGUUCGAAUAUUUUAGAAUGUGAUGACGAUAAAAAAGAAGAAAAAUAAAAGAGUAAAAAAUAAAAAUAUAAAUAGUAAUCUGGAAAUAUUUGUAAAGUAUGUGGAUCGGAUUACGAGCCCAUUGUUAUUAUUAAAUAUUAUUAAUUGAACUAAUAUUAGUUGAUACAAUUGUGAAUUACCAAUAAUGCUAAAGUAUAAAGUACAGUAGGGUGUGAUGAUGAGCAACUUAAAAUAAAAAAAAAUGGUUUAAUGAUGGAAAAAGGAAUGUGAAGUAGAUUUCCAAGAGGCUUAGCAUGCACCGCAAUCUGAGGUCACAUGCAUAUUUUUAUAUAUAUAAUUGCGCCAACAGUCAAGUCAUUCGAUUCAAUCAACUUAUUUCACUCUUAAAAUGCAUAUACUUCACUUCGUCGACUGUACAGAUGUGUUUUUCCAUCAUGACUAUGUCAUCUUGAUGAUAAAUACUAUGUCGUCAUUGAAGCAAAGCAAACUUCGAUGAAUGUAAACGGGAUGAAAAUAUACAAGACAUACGAAUUUUCGCAUUGGUCUUUUUGCAUGAUUUUCCGAAUUUAUGAAAAAAGUGUAAAGUUACUCUUAAGCAAAUUAAAAUCAUGUAACAAACGGUGUCCUUAAAAACGUCAGCUUCCAAAAUGUAUUGGUUAAAAUUCACUUCUGUGUAAGAGUAAAGUUUAUCAUUUUUAAACGAAAGAAUAUUGUGUCCCUUCGAAAAACCCUAUAUUGUAAAAUGCGAAUUUUAUGAAAAUAACAAGAACAAUACUACAUGGUAUGGAGAAUCCUGAAAGAAUUGUCAUAUAUCAUCGCAAGUCAAAGCUGUCAGGCUGCCUCGUCUAUCAUUGUUUCAUAUGCUAAAAAGAAAGCUUUUUAACGCAUUUUAAUCCUGUAAAUAAAAGAGAUAUUUUAUAGCAGGAAAGAUUUUUUAAUUUACUUGAAUCUUAUUUUCUAUAUGACAUGUAUAGUCAUGUGUGUAAUGUUGUAACCUUUAACAGCAGUCGAGGCAACCUUACAUGCAUUAUUAUAAAUAAUUGUACCGGCAAUGAUCGUCUUUUUUAUAUAAAAAAAGAAAAUCAAUUCAGGAUCCAUAAUAAAUAAAUGAAAAAAGUGACGUUAUGAAUGAAAUAAGAAAAGAAAAGAAUUUGAAUGUCGUACGCGCGUACGAUGUUUCCUCGUCAGAAUUAAGAAAAAAAAAUAUAAAAUUUGGAUGACAUUUUCAUAUUAUGAAUAAAUGAUGUAUGGUAAAA